UUAUGGGAAACUAAUCGACCACUUCCACCUAUCGAUGAUGGAAACCCCACCUUCCACCCUCUAGAUAGCCACAAAAGCGUCGGAUGAGUGGGAUCAGAGAUGCUGCGAACAGCAGCCAAAAUCCUGGAGCGUCUUUUUUAAAUUAUUUUUUUAAAACUGUGGGUGUGUGAUCAUUGAACACUCAGAGCACUGUCUGAACGGAUUGUAGGAUACAGAACGACAUCCUCCACCUACCAAAUGAUGGAUAUCCCACUAAAUAGCCCCAAAAGCAUCGGAUGAGUGAGAUCAGAGAUGCUGCGAACCACAACCAAGCCAGAAAUCCUGGAGCGUCUUUUUUGAACAGGACUGUGGGUGUGUGCACUGUCUGAGCGGAUUGUGGGAUACACAUCGACCACAACCAUCUAUCAAAUGAUGGAAACCCCACUUGGCCUCCCAAAAUAGCCACUAAAGCAUCGGAUGAGUGAGACCAGACAUGCAUUUCUUGCUCUUUUGAUCGGGACUGUGGGUGUGCUUUACGCGCAGGGAUUGUCGUUUCGCCCGGACUUGCUGCUCGCCAAACUUCCCCCUGCUUCCCAUCAAGUCAUGUCUGAUACACAGCGAUGGGCAAGUUUGACGACAACGAGAGGAUAAUCCUCAACGUGGGGGGCACCAGGCACGAGACGUACAAAAGCACCCUGAAAACACUGCCGGGCACGCGCCUGGCCCUGCUCGCCUCCGACUCGGACAUCGACUCUGUGCUGGAUCAGCUGCAACAAGUGCCAGGCUUUAUAGAGUACAAUGCACGGACAAACGAGUACUUCUUCGACCGCCAUCCGGGUGUUUUCGCCUACGUCUUGAACUACUAUCGCACCGGGAAGCUCCAUUGCCCGGCGGAUGUGUGUGGACCGUUAUUCGAGGAAGAGCUCUCUUUCUGGGGCAUCGAUGAGACGGACGUGGAGCCCUGCUGCUGGAUGACGUACCGGCAGCACCGGGACGCGGAGGAGGCUCUGGAUGUGUUUGAGCUCAACGUGGACACCGGGGAGGAUGAGGACGACAUUGGGAAGAGGUUUGGGAUUGAGGAUGUGGUCGAUGGGAAUGUGAGUCUGUGGAGGAAGUGGCAGCCGGUCAUCUGGAAUCUGUUCGAGGAUCCAUAUUCAUCCAGGGCAGCGAGGUUUAUAGCCUUCGCUUCGUUGUUCUUCAUCCUGGUCUCCAUCACCACCUUCUGCCUGGAGACUCACGAAGCUUUCAACACCAUCAUCAACAUAACAAACACCAGCUUGCCGGACCCAGUCCUGGUGUACGACAUAAAGACCGACCCGGCGCUGACCUACGUGGAGGGCGUCUGCGUGUUCUGGUUCACCAUCGAGUUCCUGGUGCGAGUCACCUUCUGCCCGGUGAAGCUGGUGUUCAUGAAGAGCGUCCUGAACAUCAUCGACUUUGUGGCGAUCUUGCCUUUCUACCUAGAGGUGGGGCUGAGCGGUCUCUCCUCACAGGCCGCCAAGGACGUGCUGGGUUUCCUCAGGGUGGUGCGCUUCGUUCGUAUCCUGCGUAUCUUCAAGCUGACGCGGCACUUCGUGGGGCUCAGGGUGCUGGGCCACACUCUACGAGCCAGCACCAACGAGUUCCUGCUGCUCAUCAUCUUUCUGGCGUUGGGAGUACUUAUUUUUGCCACCAUGAUCUACUACGCCGAGCGAAUCGGCGCCAAUCCCAAGGACCCCACCGGUAGCAACCACACCAAGUUCAAGAACAUCCCCAUCGGGUUCUGGUGGGCCGUGGUGACCAUGACCACCCUGGGCUAUGGAGACAUGUAUCCGGAGACUUGGUCGGGCAUGGUGGUCGGCGCGUUGUGCGCCUUGGCCGGCGUGCUGACGAUAGCCAUGCCCGUGCCCGUCAUCGUGAAUAACUUUGGGAUGUACUACUCGCUGGCCAUGGCCAAGCAGAAGCUGCCCAAGAAGAGGAAGAAGCACAUCCCUCAGGCGGUGCAGGGGGGGUCGCCCAUAUACUGCAAGCCGGAGCUCAACACCACCUGCAACAGCACCCAGAGUGACCUGUGCCACGCCAAGGGUGGCAGGGGGCUGGAGCGCAACCGCUCAGUUCUGUCAGCAGACUGCAGCGGGGGCAGUGACCUCACUCUGUCCCCGGAGGACAGGGUCCCUAUGCGCCGGUCCAGCACCCGGGAGCAGGACCGCCACAGCGGGGGAACCUGCUUCCUGCUCGCUGCUAGUGACUACGCUGCAGACGGAGGGCUGAGAAAGACAGGCUAUGAGAAAUCCCGGAGCUUAAACAACAUAUCUGCGAACACCCUGAGGCUAUCUCCGGUGGCCUCGCCGUACGGAUCUCCGUGCCCGCUACGACGCUCUCGCUCCCCCAUCCCCUCCAUCCUGUGAGACGUCCAGCUCCACUUCUACCCCUGACACACCAAACACACACACACACACACACACACACACACACACACACACACAC